GUCACUCAGUCUGGCAGCAGGAAGUGAAUUGCAGUCGCUGCAGUUACUCUGUUGCGGAGAAAUCCACGUUCCUUGCAAGACCCCAGGGCCUCGGCUGCUGCCGCUGGGGACCCCAGAGCCCUGGCUGCAGGCGGGGGAAGUUUCCUAUCAAGGGAGGAACAUUCCCGCUGCUCCCUGAGAGACUCUCCCAGUGCAGAGACCCCAGCCUGUCCCGACCCCCCCUUACUGGGACCCAGAGCCCUGCUCCCAGGCAGUGCCCCACGUGGAGAGAAGAUCAUCCCAUCUUCGUGGGGGACAGGGAAGUGAAAUGGAUGUGAUGGAUCCAGCUCAGAUGCCGGUGACCUUUGAGGAGGUGGCUGUGUAUUUCACCGAGGGGCAGGGGGCUCUGCUGGACCCCAAUCAGAGAGCCCUCUACAGGGACGUCAUGCAGGAGAAUUAUGAGACUGUGACCUCACUGGGAUUUCCCAUUCCCAAACCUGACCUGGUCGCCCGGCUGGAAGCAGGGGAAGAGCCGUGGGUCCCGGAUCUCCAGGCCUCUGAGGAAAGGAAGCUCCCAAGAGGCACCUGCACAGCAGGUGACAAGACAAAGAGUGAGAACGAGGAGGGGAAUCCACUGCAGAAAUGUCCUGAGCAAGUGGAGCUGCAGAGGACAUUUUUGAGAAGAGCUGAAGAGAAUUUUUCCCAGUGCUUGGAACAGAGAAAAGCCUGGAGUAAUUGGCACAAGUCAGAGAGGAAGUUGGGAAACCACCAAAGGAAGAAAGUGGAUGAAUCAAUUGAAUGUGGGGGGGCAGGCAAGGAUCCCAAGGAAAUCACAGCCCAGCAGACAAAUCACAAGGAAAAUAAACCCUAUAAAUGCUUGGACUGUGGGAAAAGUUUCAGUCGGCGCUCCAGCCUUAUUAACCAUGGGAGAAUCCACACGGGAGAGAAACUGUAUAAAUGCUUGGACUGUGGGAAAAGCUUCAGUCAGUGCUCAGGCCUUAUUAACCAUAGGAGAAUCCAUACAGGAGAGAGACCCUAUAAAUGCUUGGACUGUGGGAAAAGCUUCAGUCAGCACUCAGGUCUUAUUAACCAUGGUAAAAUCCACACUGGAGAGAGACCCUAUAAAUGCUUGGACUGUGGGAAAAGCUUCGAUCGGAACUCAAAUCUUACUAUCCAUCGGAGAGUGCACACAGGAGAGAGACCGUAUAAAUGCCUUGAGUGUGGGAAAAGUUUUAGUCAGCUCUCAGGCCUUAUUAGCCAUGGGAGAAACCACACGGGAGAGAGACCAUAUAAAUGCCUUGAGUGUGGGAAAAGUUUUGGUAUACCAUCUUCCCUUAUUAUACAUCAGAGGACCCACACGGGAGAGAAACCCUAUAAAUGCUUGGACUGUGGAAAAAGCUUCAGUCAGCGCUCACGCCUUAUUAGCCAUGAGAUAAUCCACACGGGAGAGGGACCAUAUAAAUGCCUUGAGUGUGGAAAAAGUUUCAGUGCACCAUCAGUCCUUAUUAUACAUCAGAGGACCCACACAGGAGAGAAACCCUAUAAAUGCUUGGACUGUGGGAGAAGCUUCAGUCAGCGCUCAGUCCUUAUUACUCAUAGGAGAAUCCAUACGGGAGAGGGACCAUAUAAAUGUCUCGAGUGUGGGAAAAGUUUCAGUGUACCAUCAGCCCUUCUCAUACAUCAGAGAACCCACACGGGAGAGAAACCCUAUAAAUGCUUGGUCUGUGGGAAAAGCUUCAGUCGGAGCUCACAUCUCAUUAGCCAUGGGAGAAUGCACACAGGAGAGGGACCAUAUAAAUGCUUGCACUGUGGGAAAAGCUUCAGUCAGCGCUCAGUCCUUAUUAACCAUGGGAGAAUACACACAGGAGAUGGACCAUAUAAAUGCCUUGAGUGUGGGAAAAGUUUCAGUGUACCAUCAGCCCUUCUUAUACACCAGAGAACCCACACGGGAGAGAAACCCUAUAAAUGCUUGGAGUGUGGGAAGAGCUUCAGUCAGCGCUCAGGCCUUAUUAGUCAUGGGAGAAUCCACACAGAGGAGAGACCCUAUAAAUGCUUGGACUGUGGAAAAAGCUUUAAACGGAGCUCAAAUCUUAUUAUUCAUCGGAGAUUGCACACAGGAGAGAGACCCUAUAAAUGCUUGGAGUGUGGGAAAAGCUUCAGUCAACGCUCAGGUCUUAUUAGCCAUGGGAGAAUCCAUACUGGGGAGAGACCCUAUAAAUGCUUGGACUGUGGGAAAAGCUUCAGUCAGCGCUCAGUCCUUAUUAACCAUUUGAGAACCCACACAGGAGAGAGACCCUAUAAAUGCUUGGACUGUGGGAAAAGCUUCAAUCGGAGCUCAAAUCUUAUUACCCAUCGGAGACUGCACACAGGAGAGAGACUGUAAAAAUACCUUGAGUGUGGGAAAAACUUCAGUGAGAGCUCAAAACAUCCGGAGAGAAAUCAUAUAAGUGCCUCCACUGUGGGGUAAGUUUCAUUCAGAGAUCAAACCUUGCUUCAUAUCAGAUAAUCCACACAAGAGAGAAACCCCAUAAAUGCUUGGAUGAUGGGAAAAGCUUCAACAACUGCAGGAAAAAAAUUCAGUCUGAGCUCAGACAUUAUUCCACAUUCGAUAAUUCACAGAAGAAAGACCUUGAAUGUGAUGGAAGCUUUAUUUGGUGCUCACAUCAGAGACUUCUCCACAUAGGAGAGAAAUUCUCUCACUGCCCUGACUAGGGCUGGCCUUAUUAAAAACUCCAUUUCUCAAUUCCCAUAUGCCUCAGUGGCAUGUGGCUCCCAGGUAUCCAGCUGCCCCGCAGGUUCCAGCAGCAGCUGACCCUGAGCUGAUCAGGGAUCCUCUGGCUUUGCCUUGUUUAAGCAAACCCCAGGCAGAGGAGGAGAAGUACCAGCCAGCCCCUGCUGCAGCCCCGGCUGCUGAACUGAUGGGUCUUCCUGCCUCCUGCUAACCUGCUGGGGGAAGGGAGAGAGAAACUCCUCUAGAAGAUCCCUCUGCCUGGAUGAAGUUCCCCCAUCUCUCUUCCCUUCCCAGAUGUGAUGCCCCUUCCAUGGAGAUGAGGGGAGGGAUACUUGGGCCAGGCCCCACAUUCACUCUGGACACCUGUCCCCACUCCCCAUUUCCCAGCAGUCCCUGGGCUGGACUUCCCCACUUAUCUGGAGUUGGUCCCUGCAGGGUGUGUGUCCCUGGGGGUUGGCAACUCUUCCCCUCCCUAAAUCCCCUAAGGUGCUGGGUUCUGGGGGAUCAAAUGUGAAGGGACCAGGAGAGAUGGGUUUUGGGGAGGAAACUGGGGGAUUGAAUGGUUGGGUCUGGUGGAUGUGGGAUGCAGAGGGUGCUGGGGAAAUCAAAUAUUAGGGAUCAUGGGAUAAGAGAGGAGAGUAAAGGGAAGAGAGCUGCUGCCUCUUAUACUCACCCCCUCUGUCCCUUUUCCCUGCCCUCUCUGCAUUCAGAAAGCACCACUGAGAGGACUGAUUUUCACCUGGUCCUUUGUGGGAUGCCUAAAGGCCUAGGGAUCCUGUUACCCCAAAAUUUGGACCCAAGGUGCCUAAUAAUGGCCUCCCUAUAACUGCAAACCAAUUGUGAAUUUGGCCUAUCUCAAUGGGUGGCCUGCCCUAGAGGAAUUGCCUGUGUUUUAUCAGGGAGCGAGUCUCUAACCCUCAGCCAACUCCUCAGAACAAAUUAGUUCUGUUAAUUCGUGGGAGGAUAUAUAUACAGCCCUCUGCUCAAAGGAUUGACACUCAAGCAGUAAUUAUUUGAAAACAAAAUAACAUUUAUUUAAACAAAUAAAUCAGUGUACUUGAUAAUUGAGAAAAUACAAUGCAACACAAGCUACAGUAGAGUGAUACAAUAAACUACACGACCCAUAUAGCAGAUACAAUGUUGCGCAAUACAUUACACAGGCCGCUUAUACAUAUGUAUAAAGCCUUAAUACAAUGUUGCAAUAUUUUAUCAAACCUAUUACAAUGUAACAUACAGAUCCCUUAUACAUAUGUAUAAAACAGCAUUACAAUAUUACACAUUAAAUUACAUUAUUAAGUAAUAAUAUUCUAUGAGUUGUGAUCAGUCAGUCAUAGAAUAGGUGGGGUAAAAUCCAUUCAGAUGCAGGCAUCCAGCUUUAUUUACAAUCAUACCCCUGCAUUCCUUAUAAUCAAGAGAGGUUUCAGAGAGUUGUACUUACUUUCCAUUUUCUUAAAUCCUUCUGUCUGGUCUCGGUCCUUCUGCUCUGUCAAAAGUGAUUUCAGUUUUUGAUGGAUUCUUUCUUGCUUCUCUCCGCUCUCUCGAUCUGCUUCUCUCCGCUCUUCAACCUGUUCCUCUCCACUCUCAGCUCUACUUUUAUCUUCUCCGCUCACUUCACACCCACACUGAUGCCUGUCAGCUCUCUGCCAUAUAUACAAUUUUUGAGCCUUUCUGAUUGGUUGUUCUCUCAGUGCCAGUGAUUAGCAUAGUCCCCCUCCUGGUGGGGUGAUACCUGUUCAGCCAAUCAGCUUUGCCUGUCAUUUGACUUCUCACUUGACUGACCCCUCACUUCAGGUAUUUGGAAUGAAUUUAAUCUCACCCUGCUGAAUUUUACUUCACCCCAGUUGCCUGCAUGCUAUUGGUCAAUUCAACGUAAGUCCUCCAUUUUGAUUUUCUGAGGUAAAAUCAUUGUGGCUUUCUAGCUAACCUUACCUUAAACUAUCACGAUUUAAUACUUGUAAAAAGCCUUAAAUCUACAACUAACUACAUUUUUAUGCAUGUCUAAACAUUAUGAUACUGUCACCACUUUUGUUAUGCUAAUUGGAGCAGUUGAAAUUUACAAUGUUUUUUUCUCUCUGCCUGCUUAUAGCUGUGUGGCUGAAUGCUCUCCUGAGAGACUGCUUUCCACAAGGUCUUUUGUGGGAGGCCUAAAGGCCUUGGGAUCCCACCUCUGCCUCCACAGCAUCAGCUUUCGAGGGUCUGUCUGUGAUUGGAAAAAUGGUUGGGAUUAGCUAGCAAAUCUCCUCUGACCCUCCCCCACUUUUCCUAGUGUAGACUGACCAUCAUAUAUAAUGCUUUGCAUUAGCAAAGCAAUUAUUGGAAUCACUGAGUUCCCCUUUGCUCCUGGUUAUGCCAAAAACAUUUAUAUUUUGUCCCUUAGAGACCAGAAUUAAAUAGAUUCUAAAAGUGCUUUAGCAGGGAUAGCAAAAUGUGGUGUUUUGGGGUCUGUGUUAUAUGAAGGUGAUGGGGUGAGUAGGAGGGAUUCCCUCUUCCUCACUUUACUGUCACACUCCACCCCAACACAGCAGCAUCUGUCUGACCCUUGGAGAGUCCUGACUGAAUUUGCUGCUUGGCUGUUACUGAGGAGGCUCAGGUGAAUUGAGGAUGCUGAGUAACAUCAGCUAAAGCUGCUGCCCUGAUUUUGCCUUGCCUUGGGAUGACAAUUGCUCCCUACAGUUCAUGGAGUUAAAAGGGUGCAGAGGGGGCAAAUCGGGUGGGAUGGCAGAGUCUGUGCAGGGUGAAAUGGCACAGAAGGGACAAACAGCUGGAGGCAGGGGGAAUAGAGGGUCUGAGAGGCAAAAAAGCAGGGAUGGGGUAGCAACCAGAUUCGGAAUGGGAUACAGAUGCUGGUAGACAUGGGCAGAGAUGAAAAACCCUGUAGUAGAGAGGGGCAGACGAGAUAAAAGUUACCCCAGAUGGGCUGAGCCAUAACAAAAAUAGAGUGUUUGAGGUAGAGGGGCUCCUCUCCCACCUUUCAGGGCCAUGUUGCUCAACAGCCACUUCCCAGGGAUGUUUUCUUAAUGGCUCAGUGCAUCCCAAUGCCUAGACACGGCAGCUCUUCUCUGUCUGAUAUGGUGUAUUGAGCUGCUAAAGGAGACUUGAUUCCAUGAAAUAGUCUACACCCCCACCUCCAAAAAAUAUAAUCAUCAGAUGUGUUUUUAGUGUUUAAAUGAAUCCCAUAUUAGUUUAUAUGCCAGCAUAAAGCCUCAUAGCAGUUCACAAAUCCAUCUUAGCUGCUGUUCUGGUUGUCAUCCUCUAUAAAUGUAGAUUUUUGCCUUUAAAUUAUCUACUUUUUAAAAUGUUAUUUUUAUUACUUAUAGCUCUUCAUCAUUUACCUUCGCUAACAUUGUGAGAUAGUUGACACUGGGCAUCAUUUUGCAUAUUUGUAAUAGGAAAUAUAGUAGAGAGAGCCUGGGGCACUGGGCCUGGUGCAAGAUCUGAGGCCUGAACCAGAGGCAGUGAAUGAAAGUCAGGCCAUGUAUUAAAGCAGAUGCUCACAAGUUCACUGCCCAGUACAUGAACUUGACAAAGUUGUUGCUAGUGUACUAGGCACUAGAGAUUUACGUAAAUAUAUUCCAGCUAGUACAGAUAGGUUCAUUUGACAAACAAUGGAUAGGGAUGUUUUGUCCAAGAUAUCUGGAAAAAGGGGAUGUAAACAUCUCAUGAACCAUGUAAGGUGGUACAUAAGUUGUUUAUCACAGAUUGUAUGUUUCAAUCUAUAAAUGUUGGGGUACCUCACUGUAAGCCUUUGUCCGGCCUAGGGGGCAGCAGAAAGUCUUGCUGCUGACUGGCCUGGUCCAGUGUAAUGGGCAUACAUGUGAUAGUGUACCUGUAGAAUCUGUGGGGUGCUAGUGUGACACUGAGUGAGAAAAGGUUAGUCAACUAGCAGGCUACAUGACCCAAAUCCAACUUUUAGAGACAUAUUAAAAAGUAUGUAAAUGGUCAUUAGGGCCUUUCCAUGUUAGAUAAACUAGAGCUUUGAAAUGUAGACUUCUAUUGUUAGAGAAUUAGAAGAAGAUAGUGAUUGUAAUUGUCUGUGUUUACCUAUAUCUUGUUAGAGAUUAACAAUGUAACCUGUCUGUCACUAUGUUCUAUUGCAGGGCUUGGCAACCUAUGGCGGCACGCAUGCUGAUUUUCAGUGGCACUCUGCUGCUGGCCUGUGGUUCCGUCCGCAGGCCCCCUGCCAGCCAGGGUCCCGGCUGCUGGCCCUGCUGCUGGCUGGGACCCUGGCUGGCAGAGGCCGGCGGCUGGGACCCCGGCCGGCAGCGUGCUGGGGGCCUGGCCGCCUGCCCCACUCAGCCCGCUGCCAGUCUGGGGUUCCGGCCGCCGGACCCUGUAAAUGUAAAAUGUAUUACUGGCAUACAAAACCUUAAAUUACAGUGAAUAAAUGAAGACUUGGCACACCACUUCCGGAAGGUUGUGACCCCUGUUCUAUUGAUUCAGAAAUCAAAAGGGAAUUUUAACAUUUUGAUGAAGCUUAGGUGUAACAAUAUCAUUGUCUAUAUUUCUCUUUGAAAUUUGUAGUAAUCUGUCUAUGAACUGCUUAAUGGAUAAUUACCUUAGGCUGAUGAAUGCAACUAGUUACCUGUGUAUACAUAGAAAAUAGGAGGUUUUACUUCAAAGCCACAGUGCUUCACCCAAGGAAUAUCUGCUGUCAAGAGGCUGCCAGAGAACUAUAAAAGGAAUUCUUGGGCCUGAUCCUGUUAUCUCAGAUCUACUUAAGCUUUGUCAGGGGAAGUUUGAGUCGCAAGACUGAGGUCUCCAGCUCCAGUCUGGACCAUCCUGACACUGGACUAUAACCUGUGGAACUAAUUCUGAAAAGAAAUUUUUGCAACUCUGAAGCUCACCAUCUCUACUAUGAAACUGACCAUAGAACUCUAUUCAUAUCUGUAUAUAUAGUGAUCUUUUAUCACUUUUUUUUUAAUAAAUUUUAGUUUAGAUAAUAAGAAUUGGCUGUAAGCAUGUAUUUGGGUAAGAUCUGAAAUAUUCAUUAUCCUUAUGGGUGAUGUGUCCAAUCCUUUGGGAUUGGUAGAACUUUUUAUAUGAUGAACAAGAUUUUCAGUAAUCCUCAUCGUAUUUGACUUGGGUGUCUGGGUAGGAGCCCAAGGCUGGGUAGCUUUAAGAGAACUGUAUUUCUGGCUUCUGGGUAACCAGGAAGGUAUUGUAGAAGUUGUUUUGUUGUUGGCUUGGUGAAUCUAAGUAUUAGAAUAACCACCUGUUUGGGGGAUUGUCUACUCCAAUCUUUGCAGUUUGCCCUGAUUAAGCAAUCUCAGUGUUGCCCCCCUGAGACUCUGGUGACAGCUUCGUUGACAAUAAACCUGGCUGAGCACCUUCA